AUGUCUGGGCCACUCGCCGGUGCGCGUGCCGCGCCCCUCGCGGGCAGGGCGCGCGCGGCGGGCGACGGCCGCGGCGGAGCGAUCUCUAAGGGCGGCCUCGGAGCGUCGGAGCGGUCGUCGAUCGCCGCCCGGGCCGUGGCGGGCAGGAGGGGCGCCGUAACCACGCCGCACAGCGGCUACCACUGGGACGGCACCGACCGGCGGUUCUUCGAGGGAUGGUACUUCAAGGUGACAAUUCCCGAGGAAAAGGACAGCUUCGCGCUGAUAUUCUCUAUAGAGGACCCGGCCGGGAACGGCGGGACGCCCGGCGUGGGCGCCCAGGUCAUGGGACCCGGAGACGGCUACAUUGUCCAGCACACGAAAGACGUCCGGAGGUUCUGGGCCGAGAGGAGCUACCUGGCGCUGGGGCACUGCUUCAAGCCCAAGUCGGGACCAGGUGGAAUCGGUUCCCCCAAGAGGCCAGUCUCUGAGGUGACAUUCGACAAGACUGUAGAGCAUGGCUUCCAAUCCACAGCCACAUUGCACCAAGGCUCCAUCAUCCAUGACGACUCCUCCACCCCAGGAAAGAUCCAGCCCACGGUGGACUCGUGCAGUUGGUGUUUCAAUGUGCACAGCAUCUACGGCUGGGGCAGCUCUGGCCAAAGGCAACAGUCCACUGCAGGCUGGCUUGCUGCGCUGCCAGUCUUCGAGCCACACUGGCAGGUGCUCAUGUCGCAUGGCCUGGCGAGCGGUUGGUUCAAGUGGGGAGAUCGGAUGUACAACUUCCGGGACGCCCCUUCAUAUUAUGAGAAGAAUUGGGGAGCCGGAUUUCCUUCCAAAUGGUUCUGGGUUCAGUGCAACGACUUCGAUGGGCAUCCAGACUUGUGUUUGACGUCGGUUGGAGCUAAACGAAAGCUUGGACUCCAGGCAGUGGAAGAGGAUGUGGGCAUGAUUGGCGUGCAUUACAAGGGUGAAUUCAUUGAGCUCGUGCCAUGGAGUGGCGAAGUGGAGUGGGAAGUAGAGCCCUGGGGAUCCUGGCGCAUGCAGGCUAGGAAUAGCACAGCGGAAGCAGAGCUCAUCGUGGAGACAAAACCCGAUGCCGGAACAGUCCUGAGGGCACCCGUUGGUGAUGAGGGGUUGGCGCCAUUCUGCCGUGACAGCUUCUUUGGCACUGCCCACAUUCGCAUCUGGGAGAGGCAGGGGGGACGACGCGGUAGUCUCCUGGUGGAUGCUUUGUCAACCACAGCAGCUGUUGAG